AUGCAGGUAUUUGCUGCCAACAUGGAGAGGCAGGCGAUACUUGGAGAUGAGGCGCUUCCAGUUGGCGGCGGUGGGUCUCGCGCCUGGGCCGCCAUUGGCCAGGCGAUGGCCCGUCAGCCUGGGAGGCCAAAGAGCCUCCGCACGCGCGGCUGUGGCCAGCGGCUCGAGCCUUUUCCUCCAUUCACACUUCGACAACCAGCGACCAGGGAUCUCGAGGCGCCGCGCCAACGAACCGCCCUUGGAGGCUCACAGCGCAAGACAACAAGCGCAGCGCGUUGGCCUCGCUCUCCCGACUUCAACCUCAUGUCGUCAUCCGGCGAUGGUUCUGGCCAGUCUGGGCUGCCAGCGGCGGCGCUGAUGGGUGGCUGAGGGGGAUUCGAGGUUGCAUUUGCGUUG